AUGUCCUCACGCGCCGCCCUCUCGGCCCUGGCAGGUCCCACGGGCGCCCCUCCGCGCGGAGCCUUGGCGGGCACGGCCGGCACCAUUACCUCCCCCGAGUGGACCUGCCCCAUCUCCCCCGAGGGCAGCGGCGUCUCUGGGGGCAGCCAGGCGCUGGACAAGGCCGUCGACCAUGACGCCGAGGGUGUGUGGAGCCCGGACAUCGAGCAGAGCUUCCAGGAGGCGCUGGGCAUCUACCCGCCCUGCGGCCGCCGCAAGAUCAUCCUGUCGGACGAAGGCAAGAUGUACGGCCGGAAUGAGCUGAUCGCACGUUACAUCAAGCUGCGGACGGGGAAGACACGCACACGGAAGCAGGUCUCCAGCCACAUCCAGGUGCUGGCCCGGCGCAAAGCUCGCGAGAUCCAGGCCAAACUCAAGGACCAGGCAGCUAAGGACAAGGCCUUACAGAGCAUGGCUGCAUUGUCCUCUGCCCAGAUCGUCUCCGCCACCGCCUUUCCCAGCAAGAUGGCGCUUGCCCGGGGGCCAGGGUACCCAGCGGUCUCAGGGUUUUGGCAAGGAGCGUGUCCAGGCCCAGCCGGAGCCUCCCAUGAUGUGAAGCCUUUCUCCCCGCACACCUACCCUGUCCAGACCCCGCUGACCCUGCCAGGGUUCGAGUCUCCGGCGGGACCCACCCCGUCUCCCUCCAUGCCGGCCGCUUCCCCGUGGCAGGGCCGCGGCGUGGCCAGUUCCAAGCUCUGGAUGCUGGAGUUCUCGGCCUUCCUGGAGCGCCAGCAGGACCCGGACACGUACAACAAGCACCUGUUCGUGCAUAUCGGCCAGUCCAGCCCCAGCCCCGGGGACCCCCACCUCGAGGCCGUGGACAUCUGCCAGAUCUUUGACAAGUUCCCCGACAAGCAGGGCGGCCUGGGCGAGCUCUUCCAGCGCGGGCCCCCCGACGCCUUCUUCCUCGUCAAGUUCUGGGCGGACCUCAACACCAGCGUGGAGGAUGAGGCCGGCUGCUUCUACGGGGUGUCCAGCCAGUACCAGAGCGCCGAGAACAUGGUCAUCACCUGCUCCACCAAGGUCUGCUCCUUCGGCAAGCAGGUGGUGGAGAAGGUUGAGACAGAGUACGCGCGCUAUGAGGGUGGCCGCUACCUGUACCGCAUCCACCGCUCGCCGCUGUGCGAGUACAUGGUCAACUUCCUCCACAAGCUGAAGCACCUGCCCGAGCCGUACAUGAUGAACAGCGUGCUGGAAAACUUCACCGUCCUGCAGGUGGUGAGCAACAGAGACACGCAGGAGACCCUGCUGUGCAUCGCCUACGUGUUCGAGGUGUCGGCCAGCGCGCAUGGCGCCCAGCACCACGUCUACCGGCUGGUGAAGGAAUGAGACUCGGGGU